AAUUUACAAUGGGCACAUUGCUUCGCACGAGUUUUUUACUCGUUAAUAAUAAAUUUUGAGAAUUAAUAUCUAAUGGAAUCCAAGAAACCGAAGAUGACUGACCAAGCGCUGACCACCACCUGCUCCUACUGGGUGCCACGCAAGAAGCGCCGCUGCAAGAUGACGGCCAACAAGGGCAGCUCCUUUUGCGGCGCCCAUUCCCCACCCACGUCUAGUCCCUCGGUUUCGGAUGCAAAAUCUGGCAAAGAUUCCUUUCAAGAACGAAUUCCCUGCCCGCUGGAUCCAAAGCACACCGUCUUCAAAAGGAAGCUAGCCAAGCACUUGACCAUUUGCAAUGCAAGGGAUCAGGAAAGUUCACUGCCCUACAUUGUUAAAGGAGUAAAUUCUGGAGAUGAUGUGGAGGAACAGGAGGACCUGGACAAACUCAAUCAAAUAAAACUUCACGAGCUGCCGGAUGAGGAGUUCUACGGUUUGAUCGACAAAGUAAAAGCCCUGUAUGACAAGCACAUUAAUUCCAGCAUAGAGGAUCUGCAGUUGGAGCAUGAAUUCUUAAAGGAGGAACUGAGUCGCAAGGACUACGGCCAGGAAACGCUCCGCCAGCUUACCCAAGCCUCUAGCUUGCUUGGCAUCCUGCAGGAGGCUCAUCAGCUCACAGAUCACACAAGCUAUGUGGAAUUCGGAGCCGGAAAGGGACAACUGGCCUACUUCUUAGCCACCGUUUUGGAGGGUCAGCAACUGACUCACUCCCAGGUGGUCCUCAUCGAUCGGAUGUCCCUCCGCCAUAAAAAAGACAACAAGGUGGCCAAUAAGGAGCUGGUGCAACGCAUCCGUGCGGACAUCGCCGAUCUAAAGCUCUCUGCUUUGCCAGAGCUGAAGAAAACCCAACGAACGGUGGCUCUCUCGAAGCAUCUCUGUGGAGCAGCCACGGAUUUGACCCUGAGAUGCAUGCUGGGUGACGGAGGUGCCACCACUGACUAUGUGCUCAUCGCCCUGUGUUGCCAUCAUCGCUGCUCCUGGCGCUCUUAUGUAGGCCGCUCUUUUCUCCAGCAAUCUGGGAUCGGACCGCGAGAGUUCGCUAUCCUAACCAAAAUGGUCAGUUGGGCGGUUUGUGGCACGGGCUUAAGCCGAGAACGGCGCAAGGCAAUGGAAAAGGCGGACGAUCAGCCCGCGGAGACAAAUACCCAGCGACUAAGUCGCAAUGAACGAGAAGCAAUCGGUCAGCAGUGCAAGCGGGUGUUGGAUUUCGGACGACUAGAGUACCUGCGAUCCCUCGGUUACCAAGCAGAGCUCAAGUUUUACGUUCCUAGGGAUGUGACGCUGGAGAACGUGGUUCUGCUGGCCAGACCAUUAGCAUCUGCACGAGAGUUUCAAAAUAAAUGCAGUUGACUUUAGUUGAUGAAGGCGUCGACUUUUUUAUCGAUUUGCAUGAUUUCUGGGCGGGCUGUAAAGUGAUCCUCAGGAAGGCCUGUGUGAGUUUGUCUUUAAAGAAAACAGCUAGAGCGUGAUUGAUUGAGCGCGACUUUUAAUUCAGAACUUAUGCGAACAUAUUAUUAAUAAUAUUAACAUUGCCAUUAUUCCUCUAAAAAAGGUUCAGCUAGUAAUUUACAACAA